ACACAUGAUCUGACUAUGGAAUCCGGUGAUUAAUAAAUUGUAGCUAUAGUACUAGCUUGGCAGGAAAUGUAUAUUUAUUUUUGUAAUGACGUAUUUUUACGUACGAUGGGGAGAAAAAUCAGCAUACUCGCAGGAAGUUGUAUUUGGUCUCUGGUCAAAUAUUAAACGAUUUCUCAUUAUUGUAAACCAUUUAAUAUAGUGUGAUUAAUAAACUUACAAAAUACAAACAUGUAUAUUUGACCAAUAAAAGGUCAUAAAUGGAGCUUCCGAAAUGAAUUGUUCCGAUUCCGAAUGCUCCAUAAUAAUUAAGACUUCAAAGUUUAAAGCCAUUCAAAGAAGAGAACCACUUAGGUAAUUAAUUGAGAAUAACUCCAGGUCAAUUUCCACAUCAGCAAAUCAAUACACGUGGACCAAUGGUAUUCAAAAGUGCACGGAACAGUAAAAGUGAGGAUCCACGCGGUAUUUAUCUCAUAAAUAAUAUUCCAUGAAAUGGAAUAAUUAUUUUUUAUCCAAAUCCCCGAAUUAACUCUUUUUUUUUCUGACAGUAAACCAAUAGGUUUCGUGUAGUGAGAGAGGAUGCUUACUCCACGUGUCCUUGAUACAAAAACUUAUUGGGGUAAAGAAGUUAGAAAAGCGACCGGCUUCAGCGGGUAAAACAAUAUCCUUAGAACCGCCCACAGCCGGUUGUGUGGUAAAUAUUUUCUUCAUCUUUUCGUUGCGGAAAAAAUAAUAAAUGGGGUUUAAGGCUUUUUGUUUCCGGUUUUUGGUUUCUUCUGAAAGGGUUUAAUGUCUUUGUUCGUUGGUGUGAGAAGGUGACGAGUUAUAAAAGAAAAAAACAAAAAACAAAAAAACAGAGGAUUCAUCCCGAAAGUCUUCGAAUUUCUUGGUAAAUUUUUCAUUUGUUCUUGAAUCAGACUCGUGAUUUUUUUACUGGGUAACUUCGGGGGCUUUUCAGUUUGCGUGAUUAGUAAUCAACUGGAGCAGAGAUUGUGUGAUCCAGGCUCUAGCUGCCUGAUUUGCUUCGUGUUUGGUGUAUGCAUCAACGAGAGAUGGUGGUCAAUAGUGACUUUGAUUUCUCCAGUUUUCCCAAGGCUCCUCGUUCAAUCAGGAGGAAGGUACCAUCAAGUCAGAGGAGAGAUGAUGUUGACUGUGGGAUGAUGAGAGCAAUUGAUUUGCUCGCUUCUGUUGCUGAGAAGUUGCGGGAAGAAGGCGAAACCUCCUCAAACUCUACCAAUGCAUUCGAAGAAGGGUAUUAUAAUCAGAAUCAUUUGGCUGGAAAGAUCAAGCAAGAACAUCAAGCACACCUUGCCUCAUCAAAGUCACCUAGAAAGAGGAUUGUGAAUUUGGAUCCUCCUUUAGGGUGUGGAAACAAGAAAGAGGAUUGUGAAUUUCAUGUUGAAUCAGGGGGCCUCACUGAGGAGACAUGUGUUGUUAAUAAUGUAGAUGCCGGCUUGGAAGACGGUGGCUUAAUCAGCUUAAAGGAUCCAAGUCCGGAACCAGUCCACCUGGAUGGUGUCCCUAAUGAGUAUAGGAAUCGUUCUAAGUUAGUUUGCAGAGAUGAUGACGAAAACUAUUGUAAAUGCUAUAAAUGUAAAGACAAAUGUAAUAAGUCGUAUAGGCCUCCUUUGACAUGGGCUGGGCAUAGAAGAGCAGUCCACAGGUCCCAGUGUUUUGAAGGCACCAAAACAGAUGGUUGUUUGUACCGCAAGAGAAAACUAGGUAAUGGUUACAACCCACGGAAGCAUGAGACUGUUCAUAAGAAGAGAAGAUUGUCUGACAAAGGGUUGGUUGUAAAUUCUGAUGGAGGAGGACUCACUAGUGAAAGUGUUACUAAUUCAACUGAAAAGAGAGAAUCAGAAAAUGGUGUUCUCUCUGACGCAAUAGGUCUUCCUUCAGAGGACUCACGUGUGAAGUUCAGCAUCAAGUCCCUUAGGAUUCCGGAGCUUUUUAUAGAAGUUCCAGAAACAGCAACAGUAGGCUCACUCAAGAUGACGGUGAUGGAGGCUGUCAGUGCUUUACUCGAUGAUGGAAUAAGUAUAGGGGUGUUAGUCCAAGGGAAGAAGGUUAGAGAUGACAACAACACUCUGUCACAGACUGGUCUUUCGUGUAGAGAGAAUCUAGGCAACCUUGGCUUCACCUUGGAGCCUGGUCCGGAGAAACUGCGUGUACCUCUUUCCUCUGAAAAUCCUGUCAUGUCUAAGCCAACUGAUUCCACAAAAUUGUCCGAAAGGUCAGCAGCAAAUUGUGUGGAGAAUAAUAACCAGGAGUUAGUUCCAUAUCAAAUGGACAUAUCAGCAGAUGAGAAACAACCUUCAUCAGAUUCAAGAGCGCUGGUUCCAGUUUCAGCCUUGGAACCUGAAGCUCUUGCUAUUGUCCCAUUUAAGGAGAAACCAAAGCGUACGACGGAGCUUUCACAGCGCAGAACCAGGAGACCAUUCUCUGUUACAGAGGUAGAAGCUCUAGUACAUGCAGUUGAGGAACUUGGGACUGGAAGAUGGCGUGAUGUGAAGCUGCGUUCUUUUGAUGACGCAAGUCAUCGAACCUACGUGGACUUGAAGGACAAAUGGAAAACCUUGGUUCACACGGCAAGUAUAUCACCGCAGCAACGAAGAGGAGAGCCAGUGCCUCAAGAGCUGCUAGACAGAGUCUUGGCAGCGCAUAGGUAUUGGACACAGCACCCAUUGAAACAGAACGGGAAACAUCAAGCGGCUGCAACGAUGGUGACUGAGUCAGCUCCUUCCAUGUAAAGAAGGAGAAGGGUAAUUACAAUGACUUUCACUUGAAGACAAAGGAAGGAACAUGGGCAACUGUACAAAGAGCAUAACAGCAGAUGCAUAGCUUUUUAUUUUCAUUUUUUUUCCAACUUGAGACUUUUAAUCAUACCUGGCAGAAACAAGACAUCUGUUCUUUUCAGUUUCUAAUUGAUUUGACUCUGUAAUAUAAUAUGGUAUUGGUGGUAGGUCCUUGAAGAUAUUCUUUUAUUUUUUUGGAUUUUUUUAAUUAUUUUUUGGAUAUAUUGAUAUGUAGUUUUAGACAAAUUCUUUUGUUGUUUGUUCAUCGUUCAAUCUAUGGCACAGUAUUUUUUUUCUUCCUUA